AUAUACUUACCCUUACCCACAUUGCCAAAAAGCACUCCACUUCAAGAGAGAUAAAAAAUUAUUACUAUCGUACAACUUUGUGAGCUUUAUCUGAAUCAAGGAUGCAUCUUCCACUUACUUCGUUCAUGACACUUUUGCUUGAAGAGGUUAAGAUGGUGUGCUCGUUCAGUUCUGUAUGUGAGGAUCUCGCAUCAACCGUGCAGGCAUUGCUUCCGGUAGUCACAGAGAUCGAGUCGAUGCGUGGUGUUGGGGAACUAAAGAAUCUCAAGGCCACAAUAGAUGAUGCUCGUGUACUGGUUGAGAAGUGUUCAGUCAUCAAGAAGUGGGAUUUAAUCGAUAAAUCUGUAUAUGCCAGAAGAGUCAAGAAUAUCAAGGAGAAGAUGUUCAUGUUCUGCCAGUUUCAAGUACAGCUUAUCCAGCUUAGGAACCAGUUGGAGUCUAUGGUUACGAUGGAAGCCACUAAAAGUUGUAUGAACCAACAGCCGAUUACGAACAUGGAGAGUAAAUUUGAAGCAGUAUCUGCUGUUGUGGGAGCUGUAGGAGCUGGGGUCUCUGAACUCCUGGGAGGAGUGAUUGGAAACAAGUUGAAUUUGAGUCAUGGGGAUUUCGAGGUGAAUGAACUCGAACCAAGUGCUGCUGGGGAAGCUGAGGUCUCUGCUCUCGUGUUACUGGUGAUUAUAGAGACUAAGAAGGUGUUUAGGUUCAAAACUCUAUCUGAGGAGCUCGCAUCAACGUUGGAGGAGUUGCUUCGAAUAAUCUUAGAGAUCGAACUGCUUCAAGGUGUAGAUGUUGAGGAACUGAAGAAAUUCAAGGAUUUAUUAAAUGAAGCACGUGUAUUGGUUCAAGAGUGUUCAGAGGUCACGUCGUGGGAUAUACUUAGAAAAGCUCAAUAUACCGAAAGAGUCGACAAAAUGAAUUCUAAGAUGCUCAACUUCUGCCAAAUUCAACUACAACUUUUGCUGCUUCGGAACCAAGUAAAAAUGAAGUGUGCGGGUAUCGGAUGUCCCUAGAAGUUUAAGUUCAAGUUUGCCUUGCUUGGACUUGCGGCCCUCAUUUCUAUAUUUAUCUCCUAUUUUUAUUCAACUAAACCACACUAUACAAAACAUGUAUGCACAUCUAUGCUUUAAUCUCUCUUUAAAAAUAAAAUAAAAAAUUACGACAAGUUAUAUAUAUU